AUGCCUAUCGGUGUGCCGUGGCCUAUUUCCAGUGUUGGCAACAAAAAAUUCAUUGUCAAUGCACCAUUGCCCAACGGCAUCGCCUCUGGAAUCAGGCGGGCCCCGCGGCCCCAUGCCAAUGCGCUCGCAUUGGCGUCUGCACAUAUGAGCCGUGGCCCGGCUGUAGCGUUGGGUCGAUCGAGGUCUUCUGGGGUGAUUUUGGUGGCAGCAGGAGGGAGGUAUGCUGAUGAAAUCGUCAGCUUCACACCUGCUUCCAGACGGGGGUCACUUGUGCAAACCCAAUGCCUGCAAGAAGCGCCGGUCCUGUCUCAAUUUGCAUCUUAUCCUUGGCGAGGAUUAAUACACCUCCACCACGAUAGGUGCAACCUAUCCGACAAUGUUGGCACCCAGGGAGUCCGAAACUAUCUGCUUCAGGGGGGGGGGUCUAUAUGGACCCCUCUCAGCAGGCAAAAUGCGAAGCUAUCAUCGUAG